AUGGCGUGGCUAGAGAAGCUGAAUUCGAGGCUCGAGUCAUUCUUAGAAGUUGACUUCGACAGCUCCCCAUCCUUCCUAUCCCAGACGUCGCACAUGGUGGAAUCGUCCGUCGCUCAGGUGGGCAGCGGCGUGCGACAGCUGUACGGCGACUUGGUGCGUGACCUCUUCGUGCCCGCCUGGGACGACGACGACCUCUUCGCCCCUGCCGCCCCCGCCGCCGCCGCUGCUGCCAAGACGGUUGCUGCUGCUGCUGCUGCUGGUGCGCCGACCCAUGUCGCUUCUCACUCGAGUGCGCGCAAGCGCGCGUCGGCCUGCAGCGCGGCGGAGAGGGGCUCCAAAGUAGCGGGGAGGUCGGGGGGCGCGCGAGAGGCAGAAGUCGGCGGGCGUGCGACGGGACUUGGCACGGAUGGUGGUGGAGCGAACCCUGGUGUUCGUUCCCCCUCCGCCGCGCCACAACGCGCCUCUCCCGCGUCUGCCCAGCGCGGUACUCCGGGCGGGACUGCCCCGCCUGCCUCUGCUGCUUUGGCUGAAAAAAGGGGAACGGCGGUGCCUGCCGCCAGGGGGGCGAGUUCACCCGCCAGGGGGGGUUGCGACGAGGGCGAGAGUGCGGCCACAGUGGGGGGCGCGUCAGCAGCUGCUGCUAGUGGCGACGUGCGCAUGGCGCGGCGAACAGGGAGGGGCGACGUGGCAUCUGAGGGAGCGGUUAAAGCGCUGACCAUGGCAGGAGGACGAGGCGGUUUGGCAGGAGUGGUGGAGGGUGAGAGAGAGCGGGGCGGGACAGAGGGCAGAGUGGCAGCAGUGCGAGGAAAUCUCGGCACAGUAAGUGCGCCUGGUGGGACGAGACAGGGCGUGAGUGCGGCAUGCAUGGGACUGCAGGGAUCGGCACAGGCUGGCGACGAGUGCGAGGCAGAGGAGGAGGAGGCGAUGGGCGAGUGGCGGGAGAUGGUGGGCGAGCUGGAUGCGCUGCUGCCUGGCGCCGCUGGGGAGGCCCAGGGGAGCAGCGUGGGGGAGGAGGUCCAGGGGAGCGGCGUGGGGGAGGAGGUCCAGGGGAGCAGCGUGGGGGAGGAGGCCCAGGUGAGCAGCGUGGGGGAGGAGGCCCAGGGGAGCAGCGUGGGGGAGGAGGCCCAGGGGAGCAGCGUGGGGGAGGAGGCCCAGGUGAGCAGCGUGGGGGGGGAGGGCUGGAGGAGUGGCACCAAGGGGAGCACUGGCCCUCAUUGGCCCUCUGGUGGAUCUGGCACUGCUGCGGGAAUGGUGGCUGGGGUCGUGCAGGCUGGGCACGCUGCAGGGGAUAAUUGCAAGCAGGGAGGGAGCGGGGAAGGGGGAGAGGGCAGCAACGAGCACAGGGCAGGUGCAGAGGGAAGAGCAGGGGGGUGUGGUGGCAGGGCAGGUGGGUCGCGUGGAGUGGAUGUGGUGGCGCAAGAGAGGGGUGAGGGAGGGCAGUGUGCAGGCGAAGGCGACGUGAACAAGGAAGGAGCUGUGGCACCAGCGUUGUGGUGCGAUCCAUGUGCGGCAGCCUUGCCGGCACGGGCACGGCUGGUGGGCGUCCAGCAGGUGGCAGCGGGCGCCGCCGCUGCCGCUGCCACAGAGAUGGGCGAUGGGGUUGGGGAAGGGGAGGGCGGAGGGGAGGUGGCGUGGAAGUGGGCUCCAGGAGGCGCAGCAGCAGUGCAAGGAGAUGCAGCGGUGUUGCUGGCUAGCAGCAGCAGUGAGGCAGCAGGUGGUGGUGCGCCAAGAGGGUGCAGUGAGGCAUUGCAGUGGCGUGACGAACCUCCGCGGAGUGAGGUACUGCCGGGGAGUGAGGCAAGAGAGCGAAGUGAUGCGCUCAGUGAAGCAAAGGACAUGGCAGUGGCUGGGAAAGGCAUUACUUGCACUGUAGCUGGCAUCAACGGCACCGACAGUGAAGCUGGGGCCUCCUGUGUAAGCACCACUGCAGCGACAGACAGCAAUCAGCAGCAGUUCGAGACAGUGACUGGAGCAGCAGGAGAAGGCGGCAGCGAGGAGGAUGAGGACGAGGCAUGCAUUCCAGACAUCGAUGAGGUGAGAGCAGACGAGGUGAGAGCAGACGAGGUCAUUGCGGAGUUGAGCAGCCACACACUGCCUCCACCGCAGCAGAUAGCGGCUGGCCCUAGCCCCCUCGCGGCCACAGCAGCCUUCCAGCACACUCCCAAUCAGCCACAAGGCGAGUUCACAGCACGCUGGUUAGACGUGCCCCCCCAUAACUCCACCACACCAUGUCUUCCUUCCAUGGGACCUUUUCUUCCCUGUGAAAGGUUGCCUCAACUACCCAGGGCUCCUGCACACAUCGAUCUCCCAACUGCAUCUCCAGCAGGCGUUGGUGACGUCGUCCCAUGCGGGCUGGAAGGUCAAGCUCCUCUAGAGGAAGAAUGGGACUGGGAGUUUGUAUGA